AUUCAUAUUCCAUGUUCGAAGUUGUGUUCGAGCCCAUAUACCAAAGCGAGCAACAGAUUAUAGACCAAAGCGAGCAACAGAUUUCAAAUCCCUAUUUAUAGACCAAAAAUUGAUUCCUAAGCUCCAUUAACGCUUCGAAAAAGAACUCGACGAGAAACCUCCCAAUUACGUAUUCGAGAAGAUUUGCUCAGAGAUAAACCCUAAAUCACAAUGGAGAGUGCGUUCGCUAGUGCCUCUGCGAUCAGCGACCAACGCCAGAAAAUUGAACAGUACAAGCACAUUCUCUCCACCGUUCUCGCAUCAAGCGACAUUCAACAUGCCAAACAAUUCAUCGAUCACAUGUUAUCGGAUGAUGUGCCUUUGGUGGUAUCAAGACAGCUAUUGUAUAUAUUUGCACAGGGAUUCGAUAGAUUGGAGCCCGAUGUUCAAAAGGAAGUAGCACACUAUACUCUCAACCAGAUACAGCCUCGUGUGGUGUCCUUUGAAGAACAGGUGUUGAUCAUUCGGGAAAAACUUGCAGAAUUAUACGAGUCUGAACAACAAUGGUCAAAAGCAGCCCAGAUGCUUAGUGGCAUCGAUUUAGACUCUGCAAUGAGAUUUGUUGAUGAUACAUUCAAAAUUUCAAAAUGUGUCCAAAUUGCUCGUCUCUAUCUGGAGGAUGAUGAUGCAGUUAAUGCAGAAGCUUUUAUAAAUAAAGCUUCCUUUAAAGUUAACAACAUUAAGAAUGAAGUGUUGAAUUUGCAGUACAAGGUUUGCUAUGCUAGGAUUUUGGAUUUGAAGAGAAAAUUCUUGGAAGCUGCCUUGCGUUACUAUGACAUUUCUCAGAUUGAGAAGCGACAAAUUGGUGACGAAGAAAUUGAUGAAGCUGCAUUAGAGCAAGCUCUGGCAGCUGCUGUGACGUGCACAAUUUUGGCUGCAGCAGGUCCUCAACGAUCUCGUGUACUUGCCACACUGUACAAAGAUGAGCGUUGCUCCAAAUUAAAAAUCUACCCAAUCUUGCAGAAGGUCUAUCUAGAGAGAAUCUUGAGAAAACCUGAAAUUGAUGCUUUUGCAGAAGAGUUGAAACCACAUCAGCAAGCACUUUUACCUGAUAACUUCACAGUUUUGGAUCGUGCUAUGAUUGAGCAUAAUCUCUUGAGUGCUAGCAAACUUUAUACAAAUAUAAGUUUUGAUGAGUUGGGCACUUUAUUGGGCAUUCCCCCUCAAAAGGCUGAGAAAAUUGCUUCAAGAAUGAUUUUCGAAGAUAGAAUGCGGGGAUCUAUUGAUCAGGUUGAAGGCGUCAUACAUUUCGAGGAUGACACUGAAGAACUGCAACAAUGGGAUCAACAGAUCAUGGGCCUUUGUCAAGCUCUAAAUGAUGUUCUUGAUAGCAUGGCGAAGAAAGGCCUCCCUAUUCCUGUCUAGUUUGUUCGUUUUGUGGCGAAUUGUGAAGAAUCGAGUACAAAGCUGCGGCACUCCUUCCUCAUACCAUUUACUGUACUUGCGUUACUAUACUUUCACCAGUUUUAAAACUUCGUUUGGAACUCUUUUGCAUCUAAGGUAGUUUUAUAUUGUACAUGACAUACCUCUCCUCCAAGUUCAAUGGUUUAUUAUGGAUAUAAAUGUUAAUUUAGUUACAUUUCUCUUGUUCAUAGGAUACUUGUAGGCAUUGUAUUCUAUUCCAAUCAUAACUGGUUAUUUUGUGCCAUUUCCCCAUUUUACCUUCA